GAGUACGCUCACUUUGAUUGUGAUAACAUCAGAGCUGGUGUUUUCCAUUCAGCCUUUCAUUGAGACGCUGAAUAAGAUCCUGAGAGAUCCUUACUGUACAGCUGAUUAGGAGAGUAUGGAUUAUUUACCCUUCUGAAACUGAAGUAAGAAUUCAGAACACUUGCAGUAACCAUUUGCAACCGAGACACAAAAUGAAGAUCUCUCCUUUGGGUGUGCUGAGCUGCGCAUUGUUUGUUCUUACCUUCCAGGUCACAGUUACAGAUGAAGCAAACUUAUCAAUGAUGCCAUAUUAUGCAGAGCUAACAUUUGAUGGAAAAAUAACUGACAGAAUCUUCCUCACUACCAUCCUGACUGGUGAUGCAAACAAUGUCACCAUAACCAACAUUAGCAUCACUACAGACUGCAGUGUCACUGGCCACGUAGCAGAAUGCAGAUGCCAACAAAACUAUACUUGGAGUGGCCCUGUAUGCAUGUUGUACCCGCAUUGCUGUUUGAACAAAAUAUUCUGCAGAAUUAAUGUAUCAGAUGACAUACUAAUGUGUCUACCUAAGAAAAGAGUAACUGUGAGGGGAACACUUACUAUACCUGGCACAUUUACAGAAGAUCUUAAUGACAUUAAGAGUGUUGCCUACACAAACCUUUCAAAAAAGGUUGGAGACCAGUUGAAGAUACAUUUCAGUGAUUUGAAUGAAUUUAACUGUGUGAAAAUCAUUAGCUUCAGAGAACAAAUCUAUUCAAGCACAGGAAGCAUUAUUGUUGAAUUUGUAAUGCUCACGAAUGCACCUUUCACCAAUAAGAUGCUUCUAGACAGAAUGGACAAUGCUUCUAGUUCAUUGAAUGGUAGUAUGAUGACAGUAAACACAACAGGAAUUGUUAAAAUCACCAUCAACGAAGGAAAUGGAAAGAUUGUUAAAUUUGGAGUUCCGGUUGUAAUAGCUUGUACUCUGGAGGACAAUACAGUGAACCCAAAAUGGUUCUUGAGUCAAAACGACAAAUUACUGGAAGUUGUACCAGGAAGUGGAGUGGAAUUUGAUUCUGUAGGACCAGUUUACAGCAUUACCAUUUGGAGCACCAGUGAAAGAUGGGGAGGUAUCUACACCUGUGAGUUUUCGCAAGGUUUAAUAACACACAAAGGAGUUAAAACCCUUAAUGUAGCUCUCUUACCAGAUUAUAUUGUGGGUGUUGCAAACCCACAAUUCCCUGACUGUGGGAACAAAACACCAAUUCAAGUAAAUUCAACUUGCAGUGUCAAAAAGAGCAAUGAGACUUAUACAGUGACAUGGAAUAAUACAAUUUCAAAUCUGACAGUCGCUGAAGACGCCUAUACAUCAGUCUAUAGAAUAACAGUCAAUUGUGCUACUGUUACUCUCAAUGAUAUUACUGUAACGUGUUCAUAUAAAAACACUAUGGGGCAAGUGAAAUCACAAGACAUAAACAUUUCAAUUAUUAAAGGUGGUGAUAAUGUUUGUCCAGAAGAUGGAGAUUGGCCAUUAAGCAAAAGUGGUAAAGUGGCAGUUCUGCAGUGUUUACCUACUGAAGUGGGGACAAGAACACGGAAAUGUGAAGGAAGCAAAUGGGAAAAAGCAGUGGAAGACUGCAUCGACCAAAAAUUAUAUGAAAUACUUCAAAGAGCAGAGGCUAAGAUUGGUGCUGGUACUGUCCCAAAAAUCUUUAAAAACAUUGUCUAUUUAAAAUUCUUCAAUUCAUGA